AUGGCCCAUCGCGACCGCGCCCCGUUCGUGGCUCAGGACCCAAAGGAGACCACAGCACUCAUCCACUCGUUGCAAGCGCAUGAGGGCAAGAAGGGAAAGGGUGGCUUCUCGGUCAAGAAGCACACAUUCACCCUGCCCAAUGGCCGGACCGUCGACUCGUGGAAGAUGAACGACUGGGACUACAAGAAAGAGCACCUUCCCACAUACGCGCGAGGCCUGUUCACAUACACCAACCUUGACGGAAACAGCGAGAUUGCUGUACGAGGCUAUGACAAAUUCUUCAACCAUGGAGAAGUCAGUAAAACGGAAUGGAAAAAUGUCGAGCGGAACACCAGAGGGCCAUAUGAGCUGAGUGUGAAGGAGAACGGCUGCAUCAUCUUCGUCUCUGGUCUCGACGACGACACACUACUGGUCUGCAGCAAGCACUCCACAGGCGCACGCGGUGAUGCCGAGCUCAGCCAUGCGUGUGCAGGCGAGCGUUGGGUGGAGAGGCAUAUUGCGACCGUGGGAAAGACGAAGGAAGAUCUUGCGCGAACAUUGCGGGCAAUGAACGCAACACUGGUGGCUGAGCUGUGCGACGACGAGUUCGAAGAGCAUGUCCUCGCAUACACACCCGACCAGGCUGGUCUGUACGUUCACGGCAUUAACCUCAACCUGCCCGAAUUUGCGACAUAUCCUGGGCACCUGGUCGACAAGUUCGCAGAUGAGUGGGGAAUGAAAAAGGUCGUUUAUGUCAUCGAGGACGACAUCGCCAAAGUCAAAACGUUUCUGGACAAGGUCGCAGAGACUGGCAACUACAAUGGGCGCGACACCGAAGGGUUUGUCAUCCGAUGUCAGGCACGAGCAACCGACGGUGCGCCCUACGAGGAUUGGUUCUUCAAGUAUAAGUUCGAGGAGCCGUAUCUUAUGUACAGGCAGUGGCGUGAGUGCACCAAGGCUAUGAUUGCUGGUAAGCCUCCACGCUACAAGAAGCACAAGGCCAUCACCGAGGAGUACUGCGACUUCGCGCGCAAGAAGUUCGUGCAGAACCCCGGGCUGGCGAAAGCUUACAAUCAUAACCACGGUAUCAUCAAGUUGCGUGAUGAUUUCCUGUCAUUCCGAGGCACCACAGGCGCAGAGAUUAUUCAGCAGGAGCUGAACAACGGUGCACAGGAGAGCAAGUCGGUCAACAGAAACAUUGUGCUUGUGCCGAUCGCGACCAUCGGCUGCGGCAAGACAACUGUUGCGCUUGCACUGGUGAAACUGUUCGGAUGGGGCCAUUUCCAGAACGACAAUGUCAAAGCAAAGAAGGGUCGAGGCCAGGUAUUCGCUGACACCAUCUCGUCACUGCUCAUCACCAACCCUGUCGUCAUUGCCGACCGCAACAACCACCAGAAGCGCGAGCGAGACCAAAUCAUCAACGAUAUCUCACGCACCGUGAAGGAUGCUCGCUUUGUUGCACUACAUUAUGUUCACGAGCGAUCAAAUUAUGAUGCCAUCCGGGACGCGACACGGAAGCGUGUGCUCGAUCGCGGCGACAACCAUCAGACCAUCCAGGCCGGAUCAAAGGGUUCGGGUGAAAUUAUCGAGAUUAUGGAGGGCUUCAUGCAUCGCUUCCAGCCUCUCGAUCGCUCAGAGGCUCCUGACGAUCUCUUCGACCUCGUCAUCAACAUCGACCCUGUUCUCGACUCACGCCAAAAUCUGGAGACAAUUAUUGGCAAGAUGGCGGAGACGUAUCCUGCGCUGUUCGAAGGUAGAGAAAUGCCUACUGAUAUUGACAUGGACGAAGCAAUCCAGUGGGCCAUGAACGACUACACACCCGACUUCAAGAUGGACCUGUCGCGAGGUGGGAAAGCCGGGCCAAAGAGCCAACAGCUCAACAACAACCAGAUCCUCCAGAACAUGCAGAAGAGCGACGGCGGAGGCGCGAAUGGGGGGAAACAGUCGCAGGGUGAUACAAGGUCCAAGAAAGCACCGCGCAUGGAGUACUUUUCCGUCAAGCUAAGUGCUUCCCGUGUAAGCUCAAUCCUCGAUGCUGUGUUCAGCGAAAAAGGCCCCGAGGCUGCGCGUCUCUACAACCAUCUGAAGCAGCAGCGUCGUGUUCAGAAUGAGUUCCACGUCACGCUCAUCCACCGGGCUUCAGCAGCUCAAAACCAGCCAUACUGGGACAAGCUGAUCAAGCUGAACGACACAGUCCAGACGACAGCCGCGAAUGGAGGUGCCGGGGAACCUGAAUUAGGCAAAUGCGGCGUUCUCAUGGAGCGCUUGAUUUGGGACGAUCGCAUUAUGUGCUUUGUGGUGCGUCUCAACGGCUCCAGCACGCUCCAGUUGGAAAGUGAGGCGGGCACGACGACCGAGGAGCUGAUAUUUGAGACUGUCAAUCCAAUUGCGCACGUCACUGUUGGUACGGCAAACCAGAGCAUCAAGCCCAAGGAGAGCAACGACCUGCUGCAGCGAUGGCUGAACGAAGGUUCCGGCGCGGAGACCGGCAUUGGAGAAGCCAUUGUCAAGGGCAAUGUGGUGCUGGAUGGAAGCGUCCGAGGUGUACUGGGACGACUGUAG